AUGGGUAUCACCGAGGCGCAGAAGAAGCAGUUGGACGAGCAGGGAUGCAUCGUCAUUCCAGACGUGCUUUCCGACGAGGAAAUUGAGGUAUAUCGGGCAGAUAUACUCCGCUUGGCAGAGGAAGAGAAGCAGAACGGGUUAGCGCGUCAACACACCGACGGGUACGGCCAGCUUGUCCGCUGGUUAGUCAACAAAGGCGAGAUGUACGAGCAACUGGUCGCCCGCCCCAAGGUGAUGCCCUACUUUGAACAUCUGCUCGGUCCCGAUUACACGCUCAGCACGCUCACUUCCAAUAUCAUCGACCCGGGCGCGCCGGAUGGUGGCUACCAUGUUGAUAGCGUGCUUGGAUCGAUGCCGGAGCCGCUACCCAGUUUCCCACUGGUCGCCAAUAGUCUCUGGUUGCUCGACGAUUUCACACCGGAGAACGGUGGAACUCGUCAUGUGCCGGGUAUCCACCUUCAGCGUAUCAAGCCGCCUCCGGGUACCACCCACCAUCCCGAUGAGGUUCGGCUCUCCGCACCGAAGGGCUCCGUGUUUCUCUUUAACGGUGCGAUCUGGCAUUCCGCGGGUGCUAACAGAACCGAUCAGCAGCGGAUCGCGUUAAUCUGUUUCUGUUGUCGUUCCUUUGUCAAACCGAUGUUCGACUUUGUACAUCAUAUCAAACCAGAAGUCGUCGAACGCGCCACCCCGACCAUGCGCCGCAUCUACGGGUUCGAUUCCCAACCCCAACCCCCAGAUCGACCCACGCGGUAA